GAGAGCGCUCUCUCUUCUUCUUCCCGGCUUCCCAGAUUUCCCUCUUGCGCGUAGCCUGGCGCUCUAGGCAGGCACAAUGAUCGGAUCGUUCGCGACGCGGGGGAUAACGAUGUUCGUGGGGUACCUCUAUCCCGCCUACGAAUGCUUCAAGGUCGUGGAGCAGCGGAGACCCAGCGUGGAGAGCCUCAGACUUUGGUGCCAGUACUGGAUUCUCAUCGCCUUGGUCACUGUGAUGGAGAGAUUUGCUGACACUUUCAUUUCGUGGAUUCCGAUGUACCAGGAAGCUAAGCUCGCAUUCAUCAUCUACCUCUCGUUCUCAAGAACUCGGGGAACGGCAUACAUUUACACCACAUUCUUGAGACCUUACGUUGCGAGCCACGAGUCCGAGAUCGAUCAGCACCUAAACGAGCUAAGAACCAGAGCUCUUGACUUUGUGGCUGCGUACUGGGAGAGGAGCUCAGCGUUUAUGCAAACCAAGUUCUUCGAGAUCCUCCAGUACGUUGUUGCUCAGGGCCAUAGGCCAGCAGCUGCACAGCCCCCGCCACCACCGCCACCGCCACCUCCUGCUCAGGAUCCUCCUCCUCCUCCUCCUCCCGGCAAUUAUCCGCCGCCUCCUCAAGUUCCUAUCCGACCAACUGGAGCGUUUUAUCCGCCUGCGCUGCCUCCCGGCUACGAGGCAUCAGCUCCUCCAGCUCCAGCAGCUCCACCCGCAGCAAAUUUCGGGCCAGUGGCAGCGGACGCUGGAUACAAUCCUGGCUUUUAUCCUCGCUUUCCAAUGGUUCAAAGUCCGCCUGUAGCUCCACAGAACCUGCAUACGGUGAUCCGCGAGCACAUUGAUCUGGAGGAAGAGGAAGAAGAGAUUGUUAUGAGGCCAAAUGGCAAUGCUGCUGGGGUGGUAGCAUCAUCUUCGUCAGCUGCCAGAUACAUGACAAGGAGCAGGCAGCGAGCGACUGCCAGCGGUAAUCGAGCUCGGUAAGAAGCAGAAAGCAUUUUUGGGAGCUGGCAUGUACAGGGAUUGUUUUUUUUUUUGCUCGCCUUAUAACUUUUUGCCUUCGCAAGCACGCAGGCAAGAAGAUCUGUACACAUUUAAUCAUUCCUGCAAAUCAAACUUAGUUUUCUCGCCCAUCAGUUUGGUGGCAAGUCGAGGUCAGCCA